AUGGAGAAGCUGCAGGGUUUCGAGUUUUGGAGGGAGACUCUGCAGUCUGCGCAGUACAUCCUCGCGCCCAUGGUGGAGCAGAGCGAGCUGGCCUGGCGGCUGCUGAGCCGCAGGCACGGCGCUCAGCUCUGCUACACGCCCAUGCUGCACGCCCAGGUCUUCCUGAGAGAUGCCAACUACCGCCGAGAGAACCUUUACAACGAAGUCAGCUCGGAGGACCGGCCCCUCAUUACACAGUUUUGUGCAAAUGACCCAGAAGUCUUUGUUCAGGCGGCUCUGCUUGCCCAGAACUACUGUGAUGCCAUCGACCUGAACUUAGGGUGUCCUCAGAUGAUCGCUAAAAGAGGGCAUUAUGGAGUGUUCUUGCAGGACGAGUGGGAGCUGCUGGAGAGGAUGAUUAAACUAGCAAAUGAGAAACUGUUGGUGCCGGUCACAUGCAAAAUCCGUGUCUUCCCCGAGGUGGAGAAAACAGUGAAAUACGCCAAGAUGCUGGAAAAGGCGGGUUGCCAGCUGCUCACAGUUCACGGCAGAACCAAAGAUCAGAAAGGGGCUCUGACUGGUGUUGCGAGUUGGGAGCACAUUAAAGCUGUACGGGAGGCUGUAAAAAUCCCCGUUUUCGCCAACGGAAACAUCCAGCAUUUGAGCGACGUGCAGCGCUGUAUGGAGGAGACUGGAGUUCAGGGAGUGAUGAGUGCAGAGGGGAACCUGCACAACCCGGCGCUGUUUGAGGGCCGCAGCCCUCCUGUGUGGGAGAUGGCAGAGGAAUAUCUGGAGGUGGUUCAGAAACACCCGCCCUGCACGCUGUCCUUCGUCCGAGCUCACCUCUUCAAACUCUGGCACCACACACUGCAGAUCCAUCAGGACCUGAGGGAAGAGCUGGCCAAAGCCAAAAACCUGGCAGGAAUAGAGGAGGUGAACAGACAGCUGAAGCAGCGCUGCCAGAAGGAAAUGGCCAAAGAGGAGUCAGAGAGGCAUCACACCGGACUGCCUCUCCCUCACUGGAUCUGCCAGCCCUACGUCAGACCUGCGCCGAAGGAUCCGGGCCGGGAGAACGGUCAGAAAGCUCUGCAGAUGAAGGCGGUGAGCAUGAAGAGGGCACUGGAGGACAGCGACAGCCCAAAUGACUCACUGUCCAAAAACAAGCAGAAGAAGAAAGCCAGGAACCCCCACAAGAACUUCUGUCCUGAGCUGAAACCCAAAUACAUCAAAUGUGAGCAGUGUGGAAACCCUAAAGGAAAUAAGUGCGUCUUUAACUUGUGUCGUGGCUGCUGUAAGAAAAAGGCUUACAAAGAAGUUGCUGAUUGUCCAAGUCACGGCUUGAGAUUCAAAACCAAGGCCCAGAAGCAGGGGAGCUCAGGAGUGAGCAGCGGACAGAUAAACGGAAGUAGCUCUGUCCAGACAGAGCCUUGUGCCACAGUACCCGAUCAGCCUGCAGCCCAGGCUCUGGCCUGAAGAAGGCCAAGGAAUAUUUACUCCUCAUUGCAGUUCUUACUCAACAUCCAGGAGCUAAAAUGGAACUUUUAGCAUCCACUGUGCAAAAGGAACUCCUACAUGCUGUAAACGCAACAAAUGAGUCAAACCAGAGGCUCUAGGCUUUAUUCUGCCCUACAGAGACAAAGAGUGGGAACUAUGGCAUCAAUGAGAACAGCUAUAAACGCUGCUUCUAGGUUGUGUUCCUCCUUACACUUAUGUACGUUUACAGUUACAGACUGUAGCCCAUCUGUUACUGCCUCCCUCUGCACCCACUGGCUUCUUUAUGAGAAACCCCUCCCUUGUAACUCCACCCACUGGCCACUUUAUCAAACUCCUCACUUGUAGCUCCACCCACUGGCUACCUUUUAGAAACCCUCUUGGUAGCUGCACCCACCAUCAGCAGUCAGUUUCUAUUGGCUUGGAUGUUUUGGGAUGUGGCUGGUAUAGUGUAGUGGGUAACACCUCUGCUUUCUAUGCUGUAGACAGGGGUUCAGUUCCCUGCCUGGACAAGUACCCUACACUACACCAAUAAGAGUCCUUGGGCAGUCCUUAGAUGUUUCUGAGAAAAUGACCAGUGAAUGUAGUAGGGCUGAAAGAUUAAGAAAGUGCAGUUUUUAAAUCAUAAUAGCUGCAAUUAUAAAAAAAAAAUGCUUUUUCAAAAAUGUCUUAAUCUUUAAGAGGGGAUAUUGAAAUUUUAGAACACCGAGCUUGAGAACUGCCUAUAGGUGAGUAAGACCCAUCAGAGGCAACCAAACCUCCGAGUGCUGGGACAUCACAGCCAUAACUUAUUGGCAGUUUGGCUCACUGCAUUCAAGCCUCAAGCCUUGUUCUGAACUUCUUGGCCAAAAGAAUUUAUAUAUUGUAAUCACAAUUUAAACUGUAGUUGCAGUAUUUGCCAGAAAAAUUGCAAUUAGAUAUUUUCCCCAAAUCAUUCAGCUCUAGAGUGAAGGCACCAGGGAGUUUCUCUCAAACUGGCAACUUGUACAUGAUGCUCAUCUCGGUGGAUAUAUUUUGGUAAUUCCAGCACAUUUGACUCAGUAACAGAACUUUUAUGCUGUUUUUCGCUUCCGUAGUUCCCACUCUGUUCUGUUAGGGCAGCACUGCAGGCACCCAUUGCUGCCUGUUGCUGCUGCUGCUGCUGCUGACCUCUGGGUGAAGGACUGUGUGGUCUGUGGAGAUUUCUGGGACUCUUGAGUUACUAGAGGAGAAGAAAAGUACAACUCCUCCAUGUUCACCUCUUUUCAGGGCAGUGGUUCUUCAACUGGAAUCUCAUUUUUUGCUCAAUCCCAGUUUCCAACAUAUGGAUGUACCAUCUGGGGGUCCCACCAGAGCACCACUGAUGUAGGGUGUAUUUUGCAAAGCAGUGUUUAAGUACAGCUGGAUAAUUUAAGCCCAAAGUGAGGACUAACAGAAAUCUCGUUAACCAUUACAUUCUUAAAAAAGAUGGUUCUUCAAGGGGUCUUUAUUCAAGAAAUUGGUUAUGUACAGAACAAUUUCUCAAAGGACGUUUUGCAUGGUUAAACAGUUCUUUGCCUUGUUAAAUGGUUCUUCAGAUUGAUGGGGAAUGUGCUGUAGAUGGUUCUGUAUAGCACCAAAAAAGGUUCCACUAUUGAUACCAGCCAACACACCCUUUUGCUAAGGCUGCAGCCUUUGGGCUUAAAGGGACACGCCAGCGUUUUUCAGCCUGAUCUCCAUCGUACGACCAAAUACUAGGCAGUGCUUUUAAUGUGUUGAUUGAACUUUAACGGUUGAGUUCUUUUAAGUUUCCCGAGAAAACUGCUUUGUGAAACACACACUGAGGUUCUUUUUCGCCUUUUUAAACAUUAAUUUAAUUCUAGUAUUUCCUUCCCUGAAUCGGCCACCGCUGAGGACAAAUCACAUCAUUUGUGGGUUGAUCUCAUACCAAAGUCACGUUUCACCCUCUUCUGGUGAACGUACAGUGAGCCGAACCGCUGUAGUAGUGCAGUGAGAAACCAGGGGUUAUUACAGAGCUGGGUUUAUUGGUUAAUAUGCUGAGCAAAAAAUUAAGGCAAUUUAGUCUCAGAAGUCAGAUUGAUAACCAUAAAUCUAGCAUAUGUCCAUGAACAUCACUGUAGGCUUGCAUAAUGAAGAAAUCCUGCUCUGUCAUCUGGGGACAAAAUCAGGACUGUUUGUGUGCUAAAGGCAUUUUUCAUAAAUCAGGAGUGGGUUAUUUUAUUUAAGCCUGUUUUUAAUGUUUAAUGAGUUUUUAUAAGGAAUUAAAACAUUUUUAAAACUGCUGU